CAGAAGAACCAACACAGCUAACACCAUGGGCCUGGGGAGUUCUCAUCCAAAGCCGUUCCCAGGAGACAUCCUGGAGUUUCCUCGGAAUAAAUACUUCUCCCAUUUCGGAAUUUACUACGGAGAGAGAGAUGGAGUGCCCUACGUAGCACAUCUCACCUGCAGAGACUCGGAGACGAAGCUCCUGCUUUUUGGUCGAGCCCUGAAGUCAGAGGUCAAACUGGACCCAGUGGAGGUGGUGGGACAGAGAUACAAGGUAAUACGCUCAGUGCGGCAGGGUAGCCUAGUGGUUAGAGUGUUGGACCAGUAACCGAAAGGUUGUAAGUUCAAAUCCCUGAGCUGACAAGGUCUGUCGUUCUGCCCCUGAACAGGCAGUUAACCCACUGUUCCUAGGCCAUCUUUGAAAAUAAGAAUUUGUUCUUCACUGACUUGCCUAGUCAAAUAAAGGUUAAAAAAAAGGUAAAUAUUUAGAUUAUUCUAGAUUGUGUGUGUAUGUGAGGUCAUAGCUCCUCUAACCAAUGUGUAGGUGAGGUCAUAGCUCCUUCAACCAUGUGUAUGUGAGGUCAUAGCUCCUCUUACCAUGUGUGUGUGAGGUCAUAGCUCCUCUUACCAUGUGUAGGUGAGGUCAUAGCUCCUCUUACCAUGUGUGUGUGAGGUCAUAGCUCCUCUUACCAUGUGUGCUGUAGGUGAGGAACAUGCUGGAUGAGAUCCAUCCUCCCAGGGACUUCUACACUGUGGUGAAGCCUGCUAUAGACGAUAUGAUGGGUAAGGAUAUCACCUUCGACAUCUUGUUCCAUAACUCUGAACACCAGGCCACGCUCUUCAGAUAUGGACUCAAGAAGUCUACACAGAUUGAGAAGGUCUACAUCCAGAUCCUGCCCACCUGGAAGGAACUGUUUAAGAAGAGGAAGUUGUAACAAUGACUACAACAGCGGCUGUGUUCUAGAACCUACAGUCUGACGCCCCCUCCCCCCCUUCUCCCCCUCUCUCCCUGGACCUCAUGCUGGGCCAUCACCUUUCUUACACCAGUACAUUCAUUUUAAAUCCUCGAGGGAGAAUCACCUGUCGUUCUACUCCUCACCAGCAGAGGAAACCAAAACAACUGGCGAACUUACUUUCUGUUUUGCUCCACUGCGGUGAGGAUGGUGUGGAUCAGCCUAAGGAUUCCUGCUAAUGAGGAACAAGGAGAAUCAUAGCAGAUUGGAAUGUAUAGUUAAAAUAGUAUUUAACUCAAGUGUAGUGUAUAACUCCAGUGUAGUGUAUAAUAACUCCAGUGUAGUGUAUAACUCCAGUGCAGUGUAUAAUAACUCCAGUGUAGUGUACAACCCCAGUGUAGUGUAUAACUCCAGUGUAGUGUAUAACUCCAGUGUAGUGUAUAAUAACUCCAGUGUAGUAUAUAACUCCAGUAUAGUGUAUAAUAACUCCAGUGUAGUGUAUAACUCCAGUGUAGUAUAUAACUCCAGUGAAGUGUAUAACUCCAGUGCAGUGUAUAAUAACUACAGUGUAGUAUAUAACUCCAGUGUAGUGUAUAAUAACUACAGUGUAGUAUAUAACUCCAGUGUAGUGUAUAAUAACUCCAGUGUAGUGUAUAAUAACUCCAGUGUAGUAUAUAACACCAGUGUAGUGUAUAAUAACUCCAGUGUAGUGUAUAACUCCAGUGUAGUAUAUAACUCCAGUAUAGUGUAUAACUCCAGUGUAGUGUAUAAUAACUCCAGUGUAGUGUAUAACUCCAGUGUAGUGUAUAACUCCAGUGUAGUAUAUAAUAACCACAGUGUAGUAUAUAAUAACGCCAGUGUAGUAUAUAACACCAGUGUAGUAUAUAACUCCAGUGUAGUAUAUAAUAACUCCAGUGUAGUGUAUAACUCCAGUGUAGUGUAUAACUCCAGUGUAGUAUAUAACUCCAGUAUAGUGUAUAACUCCAGUGUAGUGUAUAAUAACUACAGUGUAGUGUAUAACUCCAGUGUAGUGUAUAACUCCAGUGUAGUAUAUAAUAACUACAGUGUAGUAUAUAAUAACGCCAGUGUAUUAUAUAACACCAGUGUAGUAUAUAACUCCAGUGUAGUAUAUAAUAACUCCAGUGUAGUGUAUAACUCCAGUGUAGUGUAUAACUCCAGUGUAGUGUAUAAUAACUCCAGUGUAGUAUAUAACUCCAGUGUAGUGUAUAAUAACUCCAGUGUAGUGUAUAAUAACUCCAGUGUAGUAUAUAAGUCCAGUGUAGUGUAUAACUCCAGUGUAAUGUAUAACUCCAGUGUAGUAUAUAAUAACUCCAGUUUAGUAUAUAAUAACUCCAGUGUAGUAUAUAACUACAGUGUAGUGUAUAACUCCAGUGUAGUGUAUAAUAACUCCAGUGUAGUGUAUAACUCCAGUGUAGUGUAUAACCCCAGUGUAGUGUAUAACUCCAGUGUAGUAUAUAACUCCAGUGUAGUAUAUAACUCCAGUGUAGUAUAUAACUCCAGUGUAGUAUAUAACUCCAGUGUAGUGUAUAAUAAUGCCAGUGUCUUGUAUAACUCCAGUGUCUUGUAUAACUCCAGUGUAGUAUAUAACUCCAGUGUAGUGUAUAACCCCAGUGUAGUGUAUAACUCCAGUGUAGUGUAUAACCCCAGUGUAGUGUAUAACUCCAGUGUAGUGUAUAACUCCAGUGUAGUGUAUAACCCCAGUGUAGUGUAUAACUCCAGUGUAGUAUAUAACUCCAGUGUAGUGUAUAAUAACUCCAGUGUCUUGUAUAACUCCAGUGUAUUGUAUAACUCCAGUGUAGUAUAUAACUCCAGUGUAGUGUAUAACCCCAGUGUAGUGUAUAACUCCAGUGUAGUAUAUAACUCCAGUGUAGUGUAUAACUCCAGUGUAGUAUAUAAUAACUACAGUGUAGUAUAUAAUAACGCCAGUGUAGUAUAUAACACCAGUGUAGUAUAUAACUCCAGUGUAGUAUAUAAUAACUCCAGUGUAGUGUAUAAUAACUCCAGUGUAGUGUAUAAUAACUCCAGUGUAGUAUAUAAGUCCAGUGUAGUGUAUAACUCCAGUGUAGUGUAUAACCCCAGUGUAGUGUAUAACUCCAGUGUAGUGUAUAACCCCAGUGUAGUGUAUAACUCCAGUGUAGUGUAUAACCCCAGUGUAGUGUAUAACUCCAGUGUAGUAUAUAACUCCAGUGUAGUGUAUAAUAACUACAGUGUAGUGUAUAACCCCAGUGUAGUGUAUAACUCCAGUGUAGUAUAUAACUCCAGUGUAGUGUAUAAUAACUCCAGUGUCUUGUAUAACUCCAGUGUAGUAUAUAACUCCAGUGUAGUGUAUAACCCCAGUGUAGUGUAUAACUCCAGUGUAGUAUAUAACUCCAGUGUAGUGUAUAAUAACUACAGUGUAGUGUAUAACCCCAGUGUAGUGUAUAACUCCAGUGUAGUAUAUAACUCCAGUGUAGUGUAUAACCCCAGUGUAGUGUAUAACUCCAGUGUAGUAUAUAACUCCAGUCUGGUGUACAACUCCAGUGUAGUAUAUAACUCCAGGGUAGUAUAUAACUCCAGUGUAGUGUAUAACUCCAGUGUAGUGUAUAACUCCAGUGUAGUGUAUAACCCCAGUGUAGUGUAUAACUCCAGUGUAGUAUAUAACUCCGGUGUAGUAUAUAACUCCAGUGUAGUAUAUAACUCCAGUGUAGUAUAUAACCCCAGUGUAGUGUAUAACCCCAGUGUAGUGUAUAACCCCAGUGUAGUAUAUAACUCCAGUGUAGUGUACAACUCCAGUGUAGUGUAUAACUCCAGUGUAGUGUAUAACCCCAGUGUAGUAUAUAACCCCAGUGUAGUGUAUAACCGCAGUGUAGUGUAUAACCCCAGUGUAGUGUAUAACCCCAGUGUAGUAUAUAACUCCGGUGUAGUAUAUAACUCCAGUGUAGUAUAUAACUCCAGUGUAGUAUAUAACCCCAGUGUAGUGUAUAACCCCAGUGUAGUGUAUAACCCCAGUGUAGUAUAUAACUCCAGUGUAGUGUACAACUCCAGUGUAGUGUAUAACCCCAGUGUAGUAUAUAACCCCAGUGUAGUGUAUAACCCCAGUGUAGUGUAUAACCCCAGUGUAGUGUAUAACCCCAGUGUAGUAUAUAACUCCAGUGUAGUGUACAACUCCAGUGUAGUGUACAACCCCAGUGUAGUGUAUAACCCCAGUGUAGUGUAUAACCCCAAUGUAGUGUAUAACCCCAGUGUAGUAUAUAACUCCAGUGUAGUGUACAACUCCAGUGUAGUGUACAACCCCAGUGUAGUGUAUAACCCCAGUGUAGUGUAUAACCCCAGUGUAGUAUAUAACUCUAGUGUAGUGUACAACUCCAGUGUAGUGUAUAACCCCAGUGUAGUGUACAACCCCAGUGUAGUGUACAACCCCAGUGUAGUGUACAACCCCAGUGUAGUGUAUAACUCCAGCCCAGUCUGCUGAUAUCGGGUCAUGUUAUCUUCCAUUUUAGUUUAGACUUUCAGGUUGAACAUGAUCUAGAUUAUAUAAAACGGCAUUGUUGGUUGAGGGCUUGUAAGUAAGCAUUUCACGGUAAGAUCUACACCUGUUGUAUUCGACGCAUGUGACUAAUAAAAUUAGAUUUAAAUAAAGUUUCCUCUGUCUGUGUGUCAGAGAAAGAGAGAGAAUGAGAGAGAGAAGAUGGAGAGAGAAAGAAGCGAGAAAGAGGCAGGGGUUGAGUAUGGGUUUUUACGUCUUCAGUUUUAAGGGAUGAGUGUGAAAUAAUAUGAGAUGGAAUGCAAUUGUUGUUAUUGUGAUGUGGUCAAAUGAAACAAUGGAGAAAGUGUGAA